ACUCCAAAGUCGCAAAGGCAAAGAGAUGGGCUCGACGCCCGCGGCGAUCCUCGUGGCCUGCAUGCUGCUCAUCUCCACGGCGAGCAGCUCCGGCGCCGCCCCCGGCGGCUGCCCGCCGUCGAGCAUCGUGGUGACGCAGUCCGGCACGGGGGAGUGGGCGCACGGGCAGCCGGUGUACGCGGUGGCGGUGCGCAACACGUGCGGCUGCGCCCAGUCCGACGUGAAGGUGGACUGCGCCGGGUUCGACACCACGCUGGCCAUCGACCCCGCGAAGCUCGAGGUCCUGCCGGCCGGCGGCGGCGGCGGGCUGUGCCUCGUCAACGGCGGCGCCCCGCUGGCGCAGGGGCGGGACGUGACGUUCAGCUACGCCUGGAGCAAGCAGUUCGGCUUCCGGCCGGUCUCGUCGACGGUGGCGUGCUAGCUAUAGCCUGUAGGGGAUCGGAUCAACCAUUCAACCGGGAAUGGUUUUGCCUAAGAAAUUGAUGUGGUGGCCGCAUUCUAAUUCUAAAAUCUCAUAUGUACCCAAGA